AUGGCAACUCCAGUUCCAGAAGGGAGGGAGAUGGUGAGGGAGAAGGAAUCUGCAAGAGUGGUCGCGGGAAAAAACAAAGAUCUGCACAAGGAAGUGAAAUCUGAGGAUCAGUCCGUACCAAGGCGAGAGUACAGAAGGAAAAGGAAAGCAAAAGAGAAGCAGAAGAAGAAAUUGUGUGGAAAGUGUUUCGCUUCGAAUGGCUACCUAACUGUACAUCAAAGGGUUCACACAGUGGAGAAGCCAUAUACAUGUCUAGAGUGUGGAAAGUGCUUUGUUUGGAAAAGCUACCUAACUGUACAUCAAAGGCUUCACAUGGAGAAGCCAUAUAAAUGCCCGGAGUGUAGAAAGUGUUUCUCUUUGAAUGGCCACCUAACUCAACAUCAAAGGGUUCAUACAGGGGAGAAGCCAUAUAAAUGCCUGGAAUGUGGAAAGUGCUUCUCUAAGAAUGGCAACCUAACUCAACAUCAAAGGGUUCACACAGGGGAGAAGCCAUAUAAAUGCCUGGAGUGUGGAAAGUGCUUCUCUCAGAGUAGUGACCUAACUCAACAUCAAACGUUUCACACAGGGAAAAAGCCAUAUAAAUGCCUGGAGUGUGGAAAGUGCUUCUCUAAGAAUGGCUACCUAACUCAACAUCAAAGGGUUCACACAGGGGAGAAGCCUUAUAAAUGCCUGGAGUGUGGAAAGUGCUUCUCUGUCAGUAGCCACCUAACUGAACAUCAAAGGGUUCACACAGGGAAAAAGCCAUAUAAAUGCCUGGAGUGUGAAAAGUGCUUCUCUUGGAAAUGCUCCCUAACUCAACAUCAAAGGGUUCACACAGGGGAGAAGCCAUAUAAAUGCCUGGAGUGUGGAAAGUGCUUCUCUGUCAGUAGCCACCUAACUGAACAUCAAACGGUUCACACAGGGAAAAAGCCAUAUAAAUGCCUGGAGUGUGGAAAGUGCUUCUCUUUAAAAUGCGCCCUAACUCGACAUCAAAGGGUUCACACAGGGGAGAAGCCAUAUAAAUGCCUGAAGUGUGGAAAGUGCUUCUCUGUCAGUAGCCACCUAACUGAACAUGAAAGGGUUCACACAGGGAAAAAGCCAUAUAAAUGCCUGGAGUGUGAAAAGUGCUUCUCUUGGAAAUGCUCCCUAACUCAACAUCAAAGGGUUCACACAGGGGAGAAGCCAUAUAAAUGCCUGGAGUGUGGAAAGUGCUUCUCUGUCAGUAGCCGCCUAACUGAACAUCAAAGGGUUCACACAGGGGAGAAGCCAUAUAAAUGCCUGGAGUGUGGAAAGUGCUUCUCUCAGAAUGGCAACCUAACUCAACAUGAAAAAGUUCACACAGGGGAGAAGCCAUAUAAAUGCCUGGAGUGUGGAAAGUGCUUCUCUAAGAAUGGCACCCUAACUCAACAUCAAAGGGUUCACUGA